CACUUCUUCUUCUUUCCAAGCGUCGGCGUCGUAUUUUUAGCGGUUAACGCGAAAUAAUUCUCGUGUGAAUUUUGGCAGUUCUUAAUUUGCCCACACAGAAUAUGAAGAAAAUCAAACCACUACUGCACGACCAUUUAAUAACUAAUCGUGUUAAGCAGUAUUUGGAAGAGCACAUUGACGAAACCUACUUGGAUGUGAAGCAGAUGACCAAAGAGUUGAUGCGCAAAUAUCCUGAAUAUUCUCGUCGCAAAUUUGGACCAUUCAGACAACUUGUGCAUCAAGCAUUUUCUAUUGUUUCCGACAGCUAUAACUUGGAUAAGGCGAGCAGCUCAGACGACGACGAAGACGAACUAUCUGACGAAACAGACGCGCCCAAUAAUAGCAUCAUGAAUAACUUAAUGCAGGGAUUGUACAACAAUACAACAACAGUUCGCAUAGCGCCAUCCACAAAGCCGACGAGCAGCGAGCCAAUUGACAUUUCUAGCGGGGAUGAAAACGAUGACGGGCCCAUAAGUCCGGCAAAUGGUGGUGGAACUGGUGCCCUCGUCAUAGCGCCCGCUAAAGCGAUGAAGCGUCCGCUGGACGCCGGCCAGUCGCCGGCUGGCGUACAGGCCAAGAAAUCCUCCCGUCAAGAUGGCAUGCCGGGCGUUAAUUCCGCAACGGGUCAAAUGACGCCCAAGAAGUUUGUGGCCGUUACGGCUAGCCUGGGCAAGGGCAACUCUGAGGCUGGACCCAGCAAAGAGCCGCCGCAUCAUGGACCACCGCAUGGCUAUCAACAGCAUCAGCAGCAUUCACAAUAUCAGCAGCAGCAUUCGCGCGACUUUUCCGAUCGCGGUCAGAUGCGUGUGCGCAAAUACAAAAAGGAACUGGAGAUCGCACGCACCUCAGAGAGUUUCCGUGAUAUUGGUGGCAUGGAUGGCACACUCAAAGAACUGUGCGAAAUGCUCAUACAUAUCAAAUCACCCGAAUUUUAUUUCCAACUCGGUUUGCUGCCCUCACGUGGCCUUCUGCUCCACGGACCGCCGGGCUGUGGCAAAACCUAUCUGGCACGCGCUAUUGCGGGCCAAUUGAAAAUGCCACUGCUGGAGGUGCCUGCCACCGAGCUGAUUGGCGGCAUUUCUGGCGAGUCCGAGGAGCGUAUACGCGAUGUCUUCGAUCAGGCCAUUGAUAAUUCGCCGUGCGUGCUCUUUAUUGAUGAAAUCGAUGCCAUUGCCGGCAAUCGUCAAUGGGCCUCCAAGGAUAUGGAACGUCGCAUUGUUUCACAGCUCAUAACCAGUUUGGAUCAGCUGAAGGCCACCGAGUUUGGCCAAUCUGUGGUGGUUAUUGCGGCCACAACGCGUCCGGACACACUGGAUCCGGGUCUGCGGCGCAUCGGACGCUUUGAUCAUGAAAUCGCCAUACACAUUCCUUCGCGCAAGGAGCGCCGUGAGAUCUUACGCAUUCAGUGCGAGGGUCUGUCCGUUGAUCCCAAGCUCAACUACGAUAAAAUUGCCGAACUGACGCCCGGCUAUGUGGGCGCCGAUCUGCUGGCCUUGGUCUCGCGUGCCGCCACCAUUGCCGUCAAGCGGCGUUCGAUGAAGAAGUUCCGGGAGUUGCACGCAGCCAGCGAACUGAACAUGACCACUGUCACGCUGGACGACGAUGAACCCAUCGAUCCCAAGCCGGAUGAGCAGGCAAAGAAGAAGACAGCUGAUGUUGAUAAACCCAGCGCGGAUGCCGACAAGCCCAGUUCGGAAAUUGAGGAUAAGCCAAGCUCGGAAGCCGAAAAGCCUGAAGCCACAAAUGGCGAAAAGGCAAAUGAUGUGAGCGAAGCUGCUGUUCCCAUGGACGUAGAAGACAAAGGGGAUGCUGCUCCAGCAGAAGCAGCAGAACCUGAGCCCAAGCAGAAAGCCGAAACUAUUGCUAAGUCGCCCGUCGAAGCUGAUGAUUUUUACGAGCCCACGUUGGCCGAGUUGACGAAUUUCCUGGACAAUCCGCCCGAGGAAUUUUCCGAUCCGCAUUUCUGUCUGACAUUGGAUGACUUUAUGGCGGCCGUUAAGGUCAUGCAGCCGUCGGCCAAGCGUGAAGGCUUCAUCACUGUGCCGGACACCACCUGGGAGGAUAUUGGCUCCUUGCAUGACAUACGCGAAGAGCUGAAGCUGGCUGUGCUGGCGCCCGUCAAGUAUCCGGAGAUGCUGGCACGCCUCGGCCUCGAGGCGCCAUCGGGUGUGCUGCUCUGCGGCCCGCCCGGCUGCGGCAAAACUUUGCUGGCCAAGGCCAUUGCCAACGAGGCGGGCAUUAAUUUUAUAUCCGUCAAAGGACCCGAAUUGAUGAACAUGUAUGUGGGCGAGAGCGAGCGUGCGGUGCGCGCUUGCUUCCAACGCGCCAGAAACUCGGCGCCCUGCGUCAUCUUCUUUGAUGAGUUCGAUUCGCUGUGCCCCAAGCGCUCGGAUGGCGGCGAUGGCAACAAUUCCGGCACGCGUAUUGUCAAUCAGCUGCUCACCGAAAUGGAUGGCGUUGAGGAGCGCAAAGGUGUCUAUGUACUGGCGGCCACCAAUCGACCGGACAUUAUUGAUCCGGCCAUAUUGCGUCCGGGCCGCUUGGAUACUAUAUUGUAUGUGGGUUUGCCGCAGGAGCAGGAGCGUGUGGACAUACUUAAAGCCACCACCAAGGAUGGCAAACGUCCGGUGCUGGCUGAUGAUGUCAAUUUGGAGGAGCUGGCCGCACAAACCGAUGGCUACACGGGCGCCGAUUUGGCCGGUCUGGUGAAGCAGGCUUCGAUGUUUUCGCUGCGCCAAUCGCUGAACAACGGCAACACCAAAGUCGAUGAACUGUGCGUGUGCAAACAGCAUUUCGAGGAGGCGCUCAAGCAGCUGCGUCCCUCGGUUAGCGAGCAGGAUCGCAAGGUGUACGAGAAGCUGCGUCAGAAGUAUGCAGCACCGCGUGUGCCGUCGCUUGAGACCAAGUGAAUACCUCAAUGCUUGGCACUGUUGUACUAGUAUUUAAGAGAUCACACACACACACACACACACACAAUCGGAAAGAUUGCGCAUAUUCCUCAUUUGAUUUAGAAUGUACAAAAUCCAGUCCAAAUGGAGCAACCAAAUACGGAGAAACACACACAACACACAAAUACAGAAUAAAAAUGCCCAAGCGAAAUAAACUUUGGGACCAAGCCCAGGA